AUGCCGGGUACCUUGAAACAGCCGCUGCUUUAUCUGAAUCGCAUGAUCGGUCACUCGUCUGCGAAGAAUCACAUUACCAAACUUCACAUGGGCAACACAGAUGCCCUCGAGCACGAUUCCGACUCCGACAAGAAGCACCUCAAGUCGGUGUACGAGAAACGAGCAAAGCGACAAUCCCAGCAGGAGGAGAGGAAGUCUCUCCAAGCAAAGCGUCGCCAAGAAGAAGAAGCCGCUCGCGCCGCUGACGCACCGCAGAUCAGUGGAAGCUAUGGCACCGUCGACGAAAAAGUAGUACCAGCCUCUGAAGACAUAGCCAACAUAUCGAUAGCUCGAGCUGAAUCGACCAUCAGCUUCACCGCUCGGGUCCAUCACACCCGCAACGUCAGCUCAAAAUUAGCCUUUGUCAUUCUCCGCCAGUCGACGAACACGAUUCAGGCAGUUCUGCAGGUGCGCGAGGGAGUCGUAUCAGAGCAAUUCGUCCGCUGGGCCGAACACUUAUUCACAGAAUGCGUCGUUCACGUUCAGGGUCGAUUGCGUACGCCACCCGAGAAGGUCAAGUCUUGCACUAUCCAUGAUCUAGAGGUUCUCGUCGACAAAAUGCAUGUCUUGGUUCCUGUGGACAAUCCCUUACAUAUCGACGUGUUCGGAAUGGAGCAGACCGAAGAAAACCCAGAAACGCAUGAAAAGCAACUAGCAGUGUCCGGCCGGGUUCGAACUGCUAACCGAGUUGUCUUCUUGCGAACGCCUGUCAUGCAAAGCGUCUUUCGAAUUCGAUCGGGAAUCUGCAACAUCUUUCGCUCAACUUUGGACGACCAAGGCUUUAUUGAGAUUCAGACGCCCAAGCUUCAACCUGCUGCCACCGAAUCGGGAGCGUCCGUUUUCCCAGUCAAAUACUUUGGAAGGACUGCCUUCUUGGCUCAGAGCCCCCAAUUGGCCAAGCAAAUGGCCAUAUCUGCCGAUUUCGGCCGCGUGUACGAAAUCGGCCCUGUGUUCAGAGCAGAAGACAGUAACACACAUCGUCACCUUACUGAGUAUACUGGAUUAGACCUUGAGAUGGCCAUCUUGAAUGACUACCAUGAAGCUAUGGACAUCAUUGAUACAAUGUUGAAGGCCAUCUUCAAGGGGAUCUACGCUAGGUAUCGUAAGGAAAUCGACAUUGUCAAGGAAAAGUUUCCUCAUGAGGACCUUGUCUGGCUAGAAGAGACGCCCCGUCUGACAUUCAAAGAAGGUGUAAAGCUUCUGAAUGACUCUGGAUGGGUUGACGAAGAUGGGAAACCAGCUUCAGACAACGAGGACCUGGCUACACGAGCCGAAAUUCGCUUGGGGCAGCUGAUCAAAGAAAAGUACAAGACUGACUAUUUCAUCCUCGACAAGUUCCCUGCCUCGGCCCGACCGUUCUACACUCAUCUUGACAAAGACGAUGAAAAAGUCACAAACUCAUUUGACAUCUUCCUCCGCGGCCAGGAGAUCACCACUGGCGGCCAACGCAUUAACAACCCGACACUGUUGGCUGAACGGAUGAAGAAAGCUGGAGUAGACCCAGCAACCAUGGAAGAGUAUAUGCAGGCUUUUGAAUGGGGCGCACCACCCCAUGCCGGAUGUGGCAUCGGUCUAGAGAGAGUUUUGUUCCUCUUGCUAAACCUAGGCGAUGUCCGUAAUGCUUCGCUAUUCCCUCGUGAUCCGAAGUCUUUACCUGCGAGAAAGAUUGUCACCGAUGAAUUGCCGUUCCCCGAAGCCGAUACUAUCAAGUAUGCUUUCGAAGGAGAGCAUACGCAUGUGCACCUACCAGAUCUUGAACAGCUCAUAGUAAACUAUGGUGAUGCGACCAACACUUCGUGGCUUGAUGACCGUUAUAAGGUCUGGAGGGACACCGAGACAGGUGCUGCUGUUGGCUACGCUGAAGAAAAUGGGUACGCUUUGAUCAUGGGUAACCCGCUUUGCGAUUCACGUCAAUACCCAGCCGUGAUCAGCUCCUUCUUACGGUAUUUGAAGAAGAGCGAAGAUCUUCGUCCCAUUUGGCUUCUUGUAUCUGCUGAGGUAGAAGAGCUUCUCGGGUCUAAACUGGGUUGGAGGACCCUUACAUCAGUGGCUGAAGAGCGUGUUGAUACCCAUAACGCCGCACAGGUCACGAAGAAAGAACGCCAAGCGAAGAACGCUGAUAUCAAAAUCCAUUCAACAGCGCUUGGCGACCCUGUCCCCGAGGAUGUUCGAGCCAAGUGUGAUAAACGUAUCCAGGAUUGGAAGGAUAGCAGGAAAGGCAAGAAGCAAGUCCACAUUACUGACGUCCAGCCUUGGAUUUCUAUGGCUCAUCGUCGAUACCUUUGGGCUGAAGACAAGCAGGGCGAGAUCGUCGGCCUUGUCAUCUUGCAUCGUCUUUCCCCCCAGCAUGGCUAUCAGAUUAAGUUCGCUCUUGACUUCCCUGGGUCUCCAUCCGGCAGUAUAGAAGCUCUCAUUGCGCAAUCUCUACGCCUUCUGCAAUCGUCAGGCGUUACCAACGUCACUUUUGGUGUUGGCGCCAUGUCGGAACUAGAGGUUGGCCACAACCUCAACGGUAUCAAAGCCAAGAUAUUAAGCCACACAUACAAGACGGUUGCAAAUCAACUGAAACUCGGCGCCAAGAGCGAGUUCCGCGAGAAGUUCGGUGUCAGAAAUGAGCCCGUGUACAUCUGCUACCCCUUCAUGGGCCUGGGUGUUUCGGGCGCAAGGACCUUGAUCAAAUUCUUCGAAGAUGAGGUCUAG